AUGCUGACUGCUAUGGCCUGGGAGAAAUCCAUACAGUCUGAGGGACAACGUAGCAUUUAUGCAAUACGUAAGCCUGUUCUGAAUUAUUUCUCUCAAGUACUUUGCAUAAGACAGGAGGUCAAGGAAAUGGGCUUGUAUUUCAAAGUCGGAGAGAUCAAUAGCAGCACAAGACUGUGGAACUGCGAUUUUGUGAGAGCUUUACCUGUCAGCCUAAUAUUUUUCCUCGAUACGUCAGCUACAGAAGCCGUUGUCUUCACGGCUGCCACGGGAAACGCCGGCGGUUGCAGAUAUUUCUGCAAGAAGUGGCGACCGGGGGACGAAACGAGGCCCAGUUACUGCUGUGACGAUGGAACGGUUAGCGACCCGCCUCCCCCUACCGAACACAGUGGAUUCUGCCCCGACAUUCGGCAACACUGCCUUCGCUUUAAAAACAAACCACCAAAUGCGUGUCCCCACGACGGUUUCUGCCCGCCCCACCAGAAGUGCUGUUGGGACACCUGCUUGGACCAUCAUACAUGCAAACUCGCUGAGCCUGUUAAUCCAAUCCCCAUUUAAAGUAAUGGCUGAGCCUCCGAGGGAUGCGCUCCGUAAUUUGUUGAGUUUCUUGUUCUGAAUUCUGUUUUUGGUUUCUGUUUGUUAAAACACGUGAGAGUUAUCAUCUAUGUACUAUCUAUAGGCAAUAAAUCAUUUUUAUU